AUGAUUCAAAGAUUCUUGAACGAUGCAGAGAACAACCAAAUCACCAACGGAACCGUCAAACUCUGGUUGCAUAAGCUCGAAGGUGUCGCUUUCGAUGCCGAUAAUGUUUUGGAUGAGCUCGACUAUCAACAUCUCUCCGAAACGGUUAAUACCCAACACAAAAUCAAGAAAAAGGUUCGAGUCUUCUUCCCACGCAAUAUUCGUCGUCUAAAAAUGCCACGUAAAAUCAAGGAUAUCAAUAAAAAUUUGGAAGAGAUCAACAAGGAGGCAAGGAGCUAUGGCCUUCAAAUGGCGGUAGGAGGUGCAUGUGCUCCUAUUGUUGGAUCAGGCCCAUCAUGCCGAGAAACUGAUUCGUUCGGUAACGAUCCGAUUUUUCUUGGUAGAGAAAACGACGUGUCUGAAAUUGUGAAGAUGAUGACUACUCCUCCAAAGGGUGAUCAAGUAUUCUCUAUCCUUCCGAUAGUCGGAAUGGGAGGACUCGGAAAAACAACAGUAGCUCGGGAAGUGUUUGAUCAUAAAGACAUAAAGUCUCAUUUCGCUAAACGUUUUUGGGUGCAUGUUUCUGAAAAUUUCGAUCUCAUGAUUCUUUUCAGAAAGAUUCUUACAUCAUUAACAAAAACAAACGUCAAACUUGAAAGUAAACAAGAUGUUUUGGAAGAGCUUCAGACAUAUUUGGGAGCUGGAAGAUUUCUACUUGUCCUCGACGAUGUUUGGAAUGACAGCAAGGGAAAAUGGGAUGAUUUUAUUAAUCCGUUGAGAAAAAUUAGUUCUGUGACAGGAAAUGGCAUCGUUGUUACUACAAGAAACCAGAGUGUUGCUUCACUGGUGACAACACUUCCUAUUCACAAACUAAAAGAAUUGUCAGAAGAGCAGUGUUGGUCCAUAAUCAAAGCAAAAGCCUUCCCAAAAGAUAAUGUUCCAUCAGAAUUUGAGCUCAUUGGGGUAUCUAUUGCAAAAAAAUGCCAAGGUUUGCCAUUGGCGGCUAGAAUGGUUGGGGGAUUGUUGCUUGGUAAGUCGAUUGAUGAGUGGCUCCAUAUUGAAAUGAACUGGCUCUCAGAUUUAAGAGAUGAAAACUCAGUCUCCAAGAUUUUAAAACUGAGUUUUGAUCAUUUGUCAUCACCAGCACUCAAAAAGUGUUUUGCAUAUUGUUCGAUAUAUCCUAAAGGAUAUGACUUACCAAGGGAACGCUUGGUUGAGUUGUGGAUGGCAGAGGGAUUUCUUGGAGGAAAUGAUGAUAUGGAGAUUGUGGGCAACAAAUUCUUUAAUAACCUUUUAGAGAACUCCUUGUUGUUACAAGUUGUGGAGAGAAGCGACAUUAAGAGCAUGUCACAUGGAGAAGUUGCCAAACACAAUGAAACACUUGAUGAACUUGAGGGUUGUGGAAUUGGUGAACUCGGAAGCUUGAAGAAUCUAAAAGGGGAACUGGAGAUUUAUAAUCUUGAAAAGGUGCAUGACAAAGAAGAGGCUAAAAGAGCAGAUUUAUUACAAAAGUCAAACAUAGUCAAGUUAAAGCUUGUGUGGAGUCACGGUCAAAAUGGCAAUGAGAGUGUUUUGGAAGGCCUCCAACCCCACCCAAAUUUAAAGAGCUUAAACAUUUAUGGAUUUCCAGGAAGAAAUCUUCCAUCAUGGUGUUCAAUGAUGUCGGAGCUUAAUAAUUUGAUGGAGAUAGGUCUUCGAAAUUGCAAAGAAUGCGAACAAAUUCCAAUGCUAGGGCACAUGCGACAUUUGAAGAAUCUUUAUCUACAUGGUAUGGAGAAUGUGAAAUCCAUAGGUUCGUCAUUCUACGGAAUGGACAAGUGUGGCAGAUCAGGUAAUACAAUUACUAUAUUUCCGGCACUUGAAAGGCUCGAGUUGGUUUGUAUGUGGAAGCUGACACAGUGGUUAGAGGCAGAGUUGAUGCCAAAUGCAACGGGCAAUCGACGACUAUCUCAACUUGUGGUGGUAUUUCCUCGCCUCGAGUACUUGAAGAUUAUAAUGUGCAUGCAAUUGGAGAGUGCUCCAAGUCAUUUUCCAUGCCUAAAAGAAUUGGAGAUUUCUCAAGUCCACAGUGAAUUACCUUUGGCGAGCAUAUGUGGGAUCAAAUUAACCUUGCUUACAAAACUCCGAAUUAAUUCAAUUGAUGGAUUGGUGUGUCUUCCAGAUUGGUUAUUCUGUAAAAAUCAAAAUCUCUCGGAGUUGAAGAUAAUUCAUUGUCCCAACUUAACACAUCUAGUGCCUUGCUUCCAAAGUGGCUACACCUCUCUACUUAAAAAGUUGGAGAUAUGUUAUUGUCCGAAUUUGGGAGAAUUACCAGAUGAUCUACAUAGCCUUAAUGCUCUUGAGAUAUUGAGCAUACGUGAUUGCCCGAAUCUGAUGGCAAUACCAUAUCCACACGAAUCACAUGAUGAACAACAAUUAUUAUUAUCAGGAUUGAGUUGCCUUCGUGAAUUGAGUAUUCGUAAAUGCCCCGGGUUGACCGAUUUGCCAAGUGAAAUGAUAGAGUCAUUUGCGGAGUCACUCGAGAAGUUGGAAUUGUUUGAAUUGAGCAACUUAAGGAUGAAUGUGGGAAUGGUGACAGGGUGUUUGCAGAAAAUGCAUCGUCUCACGGAGUUAAGGAUUGAUGAUAUUCCAACCACCAAUUCCUCGAAGAUUGAGUUGUCGUCUAGUGACUGCAGCUCGCGGGGUACUUUAAGCACGGGUACAAGUUGCGGUGAGUCCUCACAUUCCUCGGUUUUUGAUGCCAUCUUGAAAGGGUCAGCAAAACCCCUUCGUACAUUACAGUUGUACGGGACAAAGCACAGCCGGGAUCUACCAAAGGAGCUUCAACAUCUCACUGCUCCUUUUGAGAUAUACUUAUAUGAUUUUCAAGAGAUGGAAGAACUGCCUGAUUGGGUAAUUGGGAACAACAACAACAACAACAACAACUUGUCUUCAUCUCUGCACAAGUUAGGUUUAUAUAACUGCAGCAAGUUGCGGCGUCUACCGUCUAAGGAAGCCAUGCUACGUCUCACCAACUUAAAUCUUUUACUAAUUUACCAAUCUCCGAUGUUAAAUCUAAAAAGGACACCGGAUAGAGAUUCUGAGUGGCCCAAGAUUUCCCAUAUUCCCCUCGUAGUUGUGGAUGGAGUAGCAGUUUCAACUACCCUCGUCUAA